CCUUUGACGCUGCAACAUAGCCUCUGCUAUCACACCACAUGGCUGCAAGAGCAGUGGUGGCGGCCGUCCUCCCGCUUCUCCUUCUGGUUGUCGCUUCCAGCGCCGACGGCGGCGCCCAUGGUCGGCGGCCGAUAAGCCGGAGGAGCUUCCCCAAGGGCUUCCUCUUUGGGACGGCCACCUCGUCCUAUCAGUAUGAGGGUGGUGCAAUGGAGGGGGGCAGGGGACCAAGCAUAUGGGACAACUUCACUCACCAGCACCCAGAUAAGAUCGCUGACAGAAGCAAUGGGGAUGUGGCAGUGGACUCAUACCAUCUCUACAAGGAAGAUGUGCGCCUCAUGAAGGAUAUGGGAAUGGACGCAUACAGGUUCUCCAUCUCAUGGACAAGAAUUCUUCCAGAUGGAACUCUGAAAGGUGGAGUCAACAGAGAAGGCAUCAAGUAUUACAACAACUUGAUCGAUGAGCUGUUGUCCAAAGGGGUGCAGCCAUUUGUGACCCUUUUUCACUGGGAUUCUCCACAGGGAUUGGAAGAUAAAUAUGGAGGAUUUCUUAGCCCUAAUAUCAUAAAUGACUACAAAGAUUAUGCUGAAGUCUGCUUCAGAGAAUUUGGAGAUCGGGUGAAGCACUGGAUCACGUUCAACGAGCCCUGGUCCUUCUGCGUCACGGGUUAUGAAAGGGGCGUAUUUGCGCCGGGCCGGUGUUCGCCCUGGAAGAAAGGAAACUGCAGCGCCGGAGAUUCAGGAAGGGAGCCGUACACUGCAGCCCACCAUCAGAUACUUGCUCAUGCAGCUGCCGCUAGGUUGUAUAAACAGAAAUAUAAGGCUGUGCAGAAAGGGAUGAUCGGAAUAAGUUUGGUGUCAAACUGGUUUACUCCCUUGUCUCGUUCAAAAUCAAGCGUCGUCGCGGCGAGACAUGCCAUAGAAUUCAUGCUUGGAUGGUUUUUGGACCCGCUCACCAGAGGAGACUACCCCUGGAGCAUGAAAGAAUUGGUCGGAAACCGUCUGCCGCAGUUCACCAAAAAACAGUCUGAAUUGGUGAAGGGUUCAUUCGAUUUCAUUGGAAUCAACUACUAUACUACAAACUAUGCGGGUAUCCUUCCACCAUCAAAUGGCCUGAGGAACAGCUACUCUACUGAUGCUCAAGCUAAUCUCACCGGUGUUCGAAAUGGUGUCCCCAUAGGUCGUCAGGCUGCUUCACCUUGGCUCUACGUCUACCCUAAAGGGUUCCGUGAUCUUUUACUUCAUCUCAAGGCGAAGUACCGCAAUCCUACCAUCUACAUCACUGAAAACGGCAAGUACAUUUUCCUCCCCUGGAAAAUGGUGACCAACCAGGUUGAAACUUAUCUGAAAAAUUAUUUGUCUUCUCUCUAUAUUUUAGGCGUCGAUGAAGCCAACAACAAGGGCCUACCACUCGAGGAAGCCCUCAAGGACGAUGCCAGGAUAGAGUACCACCACAUGCACCUUGACGCCCUGCUGAGUGCGAUCAGGGAUGGGGCGAAUGUGAAGGGGUAUUUCGCAUGGUCUCUGUUGGACAACUUCGAGUGGGCAAGCGGGUACACGGUGCGCUUCGGGUUACACUUCGUGGACUACGACCAUGGUAGGAAGCGGUACCCCAAGCGCUCCGCCGGCUGGUUCAAGAGGUUCCUCAACACAUGAUUUCACUGAUCAAUUGGAAACCAACGAUAAAUUAUGGAUGCAUUGUAUUUGGGGGUUUACUUCAGUAUCAGUACACCCCUUUUAAUCGAAACAAUGGUGGAGAUUAAAACAUACCCCUUCGUAUGUGAGGGGCCAGUUUAGAAUUUGCAGGAAUUUCACAGGUAUAAAAUCCUAUAGGAAAAUUUUCCUAUGGGUCCUUUGGAUUGUAGUAUUGACUUUGAAAAUUUCUAUAGGAAUCCUUCUUUCCCUUCACAUUUUGGAGGAUUAUUAA